AUGACUUCCUUAAAGAUCACAGGCUUGGAUAACCAGAUCAAGCAUGGAGGACAAAAGAAUGGGAAGAAAAGAGGACUCUCUGGAAGUUCAUUUUUCACUUGGUUUAUGGUCAUUGCCUUGCUGGGUGUCUGGACAUCGGUAGCUGUCGUUUGGUUUGACCUUAUUGAUUAUGAGGAAGUUUUAGCAAAAGCAAAGGACUUCCAUUAUAACUUAUCAGAGGUACUUCAAGGAAAAUUAGGACUCUAUGAUGCUGAUGGUGAUGGUGAUUUUGAUGUGGAUGAUGCCAAAAUUUUAUUAGAAGGACCCAGUGGGGUAGCCCAGAGAAAAACUAAGGCCAAAGUUAAAGAACUCAUUAAAGAAGAAUUCAAGAAAGAAAAAGAGAAACCUAAGUCAAGGAAGGAACAUAAAAAUGAAGAGAGAAAAAAAGAGAAGAAAGAUAAAGAUGACUUGAAAGAUAGGAAAAUUGCUGAUUCAGAUAUAUUCGGGAAAGAGUUUACUAAGAGCGAAAAAGAGAGAGUAAAGGGAAAAAAAGUGGAUCACGAUAAAACUGCCAAAACUAAGGACACUAAGAAAAAGUUGACAAAUAUAAAGGUUAUCUCCAGUAAGAUGGUGCCCAGAGACAAAGAUGAUCCAAAGGAAAAUAGACGUUCCAUAAAACAUGCACAGUUAACA